CGUGUGCCGGCGGCCGGGGGCGGAGGGGCAGCGGGCGCCCGGCCGGGGCGCUCCGGCAAGCAGGGACUGGGCUGCACAAUGAGCAUUGUGCCUGCCGGGGCAGCUCGUCCUCCGCCCUCCCCCCUCCUCCUCCGAUUAUUUAUUUCAUUUCUUUUUAUUGCAUUUAUUUGUUUGUAUUCACCGGAAUAAUAAAAAUGAGAAAAUCCGAGCGCUGCUUUUGGCUGCUCUCCACCAACCUGUCAGUGACGCAAGCGGAGACUACUUAAAGGCAGAUUAGAGGCAGCAAGACAUUAAAGCCAACCUUCCUCCCUCCACGCCGCCGGUCCGCCCGCCGCGCCGCGCCACGAGCCGAGCGGGCCGGGCCGUGGCGGCUGCCGAGCGGCGCCGAGCCCCGCGGAGCCGAGCCGAACCGAGCCGGGAACCCUGGGCAGGGCUGCGCCUCCAGCCGCCCUCCCGCCACCGGACUGCGGGCGGUACAGACGGGCUGCUCUUCGGUUUGUUUUCCCUCCCCCUGAAAAAAAAAAAAAAAAAAAAAAUAGGAGGGGUGAAAAAAGGCAGAAGUGAAGAGAUCCCCUACGCUUGCCAAAGUCUUUGUCUCCGGAUGAACAGCGAUGGGGGAAUGGACUAUUCUAGAGAGGCUACUGGAAGCUGCCGUGCAGCAGCAUUCUACUAUGAUAGGGAGGAUCCUGCUGACCGUGGUGGUGAUCUUCAGAAUUCUCAUUGUGGCCAUUGUAGGGGAGACGGUGUACGAUGACGAGCAAACGAUGUUUGUCUGUAACACGCUGCAGCCAGGCUGCAACCAGGCUUGUUAUGACCAGGCUUUCCCCAUUUCGCACAUAAGGUACUGGGUGUUCCAGAUCAUCAUGGUGUGCACUCCCAGCCUGUGCUUCAUAACGUACUCCGUUCACCAGUCUGCUAAACAAAGGGAACGGAGGUACUCCACUGUCUUCCUUACCUUGGAAAGGGACCAGGAUUCAAUGAAGCGUGAGGACAGUAAGAAAAUCAAGAACACGAUUGUCAAUGGGGUGCUGCAAAACACUGAGAACUCCACCAAAGAGGCAGAACCAGACUGCUUAGAAGUGAAGGAAAUCCCCAAUCCUGCUAUCAGAACUACAAAAUCAAAGAUGAGGAGGCAAGAAGGCAUUUCUCGAUUUUAUAUCAUCCAAGUGGUCUUUCGAAAUGCCCUAGAGAUCGGAUUCCUAGUGGGACAGUAUUUUCUGUACGGAUUCAAUGUCCCUUCCAUGUACGAAUGUGACAGAUACCCUUGCAUUAAAGAAGUAGAGUGCUAUGUCUCUAGACCCACUGAGAAGACUGUAUUCUUGGUAUUCAUGUUUGCUGUCAGUGGGAUUUGUGUGGUGCUUAAUUUGGCAGAACUGAACCACUUGGGCUGGAGAAAGAUCAAAAUGGCAGUGAGAGGAGUACAGGCAAAAAGGAAAUCCAUAUAUGAAAUCAGAAAUAAGGACCUGCCAAGAAUGAGCAUGCCUAACUUCGGCAGGACUCAGUCAAGUGACUCAGCUUAUGUGUGAGGCUGUGACAGAACUGAAACACUGUGCCAGGUGGAACAGACCCAGAUACCAUUAGAGAAAGGUACAUUGCUUAGGCAAGCAUUUUAUCAAACCACCAAGAAAGCCAUUAAGGUAUUGGAUCUGCACUUACUGAACUAGCUGCAAAAUGCAGUGCUAUGUAAAAGACUGAGAAAACAGCUAUAAAACCAUGCUUGACCUAGCCUUACAGCACAGCUACUAUUAUUCCUACUUUUCUUUCUAAUGAUUGGGUUUUAUCUGUCAGUGAAGCAGCUUUUUGAUCGUCAUUAGGAUGUUUACAGUUUGAACUGUCUGACUAAUUGUUGUAAAUGUGUAGAAUGUUCAUAUCAAAAACUCUGCAAGG